CUUAUUUUAUUUUCUAGGGUUAUUAGAAAAGUAAAGCGUCCCCAAUAAUUGGCCAUUUUAUAGUGGAGUACUACCUUACUCCAACCGGAGAACUGAACUCCGACGAAAUCACAAACUCACAAAUAACAGUAGAUGACGACAACGACGCCGACCAGUUUGAGGAGAUUUCGAAGGUUUGAUUUCGUUUCUAAAUUUACCACUACUAGUUGUAGUAGUAGUCGGAGGGGAUUCUCAACGACGACGUCGUCCAGCAGCAGCGCCGGCAGUUGUACUGAAUACGCUCUCACUCUCCAGCAGCAGCAGCAGCUAGAGAGUGGAAGUACGGGGAAGUUGAUUAACCUCUUCUCAGCCAUCAACCAAGCCCUUCACAUCGCCUUAGAUUCUGAUCCUCGUGCUUAUGUAUUUGGAGAAGAUGUGAGCUUUGGUGGAGUAUUUCGAUGCACCACAGGAUUGGCUGAUCGAUUUGGUAAACAGAGAGUUUUCAAUACCCCUCUUUGUGAACAGGGAAUUGUUGGAUUUGGGAUUGGUCUGGCUGCAAUGGGAAACCGAGCUAUAGCAGAAAUUCAGUUUGCCGAUUAUAUCUACCCAGCAUUUGAUCAGAUUGUUAAUGAAGCUGCUAAAUUCAGAUACCGGAGUGGCAAUCAGUUUAACUGUGGAGGUUUAACCAUAAGAGCACCUUAUGGAGCUGUGGGUCAUGGAGGGCAUUAUCACUCACAAUCCCCUGAAGCUUUUUUCUGCCACGUUCCUGGCAUCAAGGUCGUAAUUCCAAGAAGCCCAAGCCAAGCAAAAGGGUUAUUAUUGUCAUGCAUACGCGACCCAAAUCCUGUUGUAUUCUUUGAACCAAAGUGGCUUUACCGUUUGGCUGUGGAAGAGGUGCCUGAGCAUGAUUAUAUGUUGCCUCUAUCAGAGGCAGAGGUGAUUCGAGAAGGUAGUGACAUAACAUUGGUGGGGUGGGGAGCUCAGCUCUCUGUCAUGGAACAGGCCUGUGUUGAGGCUGAAAAGGAAGGGAUUUCUUGCGAACUGAUAGACCUAAAAACUCUGUUACCUUGGGACAAGAAAACAGUAGAGGCCUCUGUUUGCAAGACUGGAAGGCUUCUUAUUAGUCAUGAAGCUCCAGUCACUGGGGGAUUUGGCGCUGAAAUUUCUGCAUCCAUUGUCGAACGUUGCUUCUUGAGGUUAGAAGCUCCAGUGGCAAGAAUUUGCGGUCUGGACACUCCUUUUCCUCUUGUUUUUGAACCCUUCUACAUGCCAACCAAGAACAAGAUAUUGGACGCAAUCAAAUCGACAGUGAAUUACUAGUGACAGAUUUGAUUCAUCAAUGCCAUCAGCCUAUGGCAAAAAAAUCAUGCUUGCUUAGAGAUGAAAGGUGGAAAUAAUGAAAUGGAAAAGCGGGGGGAGAGAAUAAGAAAAGAGCACUUUCCCGACUUUUUGUUUCUCCUGACCAACUUAUUUCACAUUGUAUGUUACUACAAAAUAAAAGUAUGGUACUCACUUCAAUAAAAGUAUAUUCACGAUUCUGCUUGAAAACACUAAUGAUCUUAUGCAGUGCACUUGUUAGAUAAAUUUUGGUUUCUCGGCAUAUGAGAUGGCAUGCGCAAGGGGCCAUAAUAUGUUACUAGUAGUCUCAAACCUUGACCUUAUUUCCGCAGAUCAUUUGCCUUGUUGGAGUAGUGAAUGUGGAAUCAGUUUUUAAUA